UUGCAUAGGUUUACGUGGCUGACAGAACUUUCUCGAAUGCCUGCCGCUUAUACGGAAAGUCUCUGAUUUGCGUUAUCCGCAGGUUGAGGCUGGCUGUUGUGAAUUUCAUCCGAUCAGAAAAACAAACAAGUAGCACCUUUCACUAUUUAUACGUGAGUGUUGGCGCAGCCCCAUCAAAGGAGCCAAAUGCUGUAGGAAGAUGCGUCAUUUUCUGCUAGUUCUUUUCAUCUCAAGUGCCGCGAGCGACACGACGGUGGUUGUAAAAAGCGGAGAAGAAGUCAUCCUAACGGCCGAAAAGCCGGGAACGGGGGACGUCGAGCGAGUGACGCUGAGUCGUUAUAACCUGACGAAAAUCUACCGCUACUGUUCCAACAAAGAGAAGGAGAGAGGGUGCACCGCCAUCGACAACGACAGAGUCAGACUCCAUCUCGGACCCGAGGAGGUUUCUGUAAUCAUUCGUGACGCCGACGCAGGAGCGCACUUUCUCGAAGUGAUCGGGAGCAGCGCUAUCAACGAAACCUUCACACUUGUGGUCAACGAGUCUUCUCGUGGCCCGCCCGCCACAACUAGCCCUGCAACUGUAGUGGUCAUCGUAGUGGUCAUCGUAGUGGUCAUCGUAGUGGUCUUCGUAGUGGUCAUCUUACUGGUCAUUAUAAAAAGAAAAAACAUAAGAGACUUGAUUUCCUUGACCGCGCGUCGGACACAGAGGUGCGGGCCGGUCAGUCCAGCAUCGCCGGAGGUCAGUCCACUAGACUUGGCGCUUCUGUGGGUCUUGUGUCACGAUCGAAAAGCGUCGUUUUAAUCGCAGGUCAUUGAACACAACACAGACACAUCCUCCGACCAACGCUGCUUGGUAGAGAAGAAACCAGAAGACCUUGAAAACACCCGUCCAGAGACACUUAAUUUAAUCCAUAUUAUUAAUAAUAAUAAUAAUAAUAAUAAUAAUAAUGCUAUUACUGCUAAUAAAGAUUUUACUAUGCACGUAUUUGUAUAAACAUAUAAUUGUCAUUUCUAUUAAAAUCUGAUGUAUUCUUUCUAAUAAAAAACAAUUGCAUUAUUCUUUGUAAUAAUGUUAUUAAAAAUAUACAAUUGAUAUUUGAAUUUGAAGUGUUA